CAAGUGCGGCGGCUUCAUUUAAUCAACUCAUACAAAUGGAAUAAAGACGACCAUGGAGCUCUUCUGGGGACAUUUAAUCUUCACUAUAGUCGUCAUCACUGACAGAAUUUGGCACGCCACAUGCUUCAACGUCGGCACUGCAGGUGCCAAGAUUUUCAGCGGACCAGCUGCGGAAGAGUUUGGCUACACAGUCCAGCAAGCGACAAACCAUGAAGGCAAAUGGCUCCUGGUUAGUGCCCCAUGGAGUGGCUACAGUCAAAACAGGAAGGGGGAUGUUUACAAGUGUCCAGUCUCAGGGUCCAGAAACAACUGUGACAAGCUCAAUCUUCAAGAUUCUGUUCGUAUACCAGAUGUUAAAAGCGUCGAUGUCAACAUGUCCCUGGGUCUGACUCUCACCCGGAUGCCUGCAGUGAAUGGUUUGAUGACGUGCGGUCCUCUCUGGGGACAGCGCUGUGGCAAUCAGGACUUCUACCCAGGAAUAUGUGCAAGAAUGAGCCCCCUCUUUCAACCUCAGCCUGCCUUCGCUCCUGCUCUCCAGACAUGUGGAGGGCCUAUGGACAUUGUGAUUGUAUUGGACGGCUCCAACAGCAUUUAUCCUUGGGAACCAAUGACCGCGUUCCUCACGAAAUUGAUACCGGGGCUUGACAUUGGGCCCAAAAACACGCAGGUCAGCGUCAUUCAGUAUGGCACUACACCCAGGUUUGACCUCAAACUGAACCAGUUUAAAACCAAAGAUGAGGUGAUCGCUGCAACGUCCAAAAUCAGACAAAUGUAUGGUCAAUCUACCAACACCUUCGGUGCGAUAGAAUUUGCCAGUGAGUGGGGUUUCCAUACAAGUAAUGGCGGCCGACCAGGCGCUGCAAAGGUCAUGGUGGUCGUCACUGAUGGGGAGUCUCACGACGUAUCUAAAAGAGAGGCAGUCCUUGCCAAAUGUGAGAGACAAGGCAUCACCCGCUUCGGUAUCGCUGUCCUGGGUUAUUACAGCAGAAACAACAUCAACACAGACAAACUCAUAGAAGAAAUCAAAUCCAUUGCCAGCUUACCCACAGAGAAGUACUUCUUCAAUGUGUCAGAAGAGGCAGCCCUCUCCACCAUCGCCGGAACACUGGGGAACCGCAUCUUCAACAUAGAAGGCACUGGAAAAGGGGGCGACAACUUCAAGAUGGAGAUGUCCCAGGUUGGGUUCAGCGCUCACUACUCCAACACACAGGAUGUGAUGAUGCUGGGAGCAGUGGGAGCCUACGCAUGGAGCGGGACUGUCGUCCAUCAAACCAGGUCAAAAGUGGACAUUCUCCCUUUCUCAGCCUUUGAGGGAACACUUCAAGACAGAAACCACAGCUCGUUACUGGGUUACUCCGUCACCACACUGAGCGAUGGGUCAGUAGAAUACUUUGUGGCUGGUGCACCUCGCUCCAACCACUCGGGACAAGUUAUCGUCUACACCGUCAACGACCAGAAGCAAACUGCUAUCAUAGAUUCAGAAAGAGGGAAACAGAUUGGGUCAUACUUUGGAAGUGUCCUCUGCCCCCUGGACGUGGAUAAAGACGGGGUGACGGACCUCCUGCUGGUUGGUGCGCCCAUGUUUAUGAGCGAUCUGAAGAAAGAGGAAGGCAGGGUCUAUGUCUUCUCUGUCACCAAGGGUAUACUGAACGAGCAGGGAUUCCUCAAUGGUCCGCCUCGUACUGAGAAUGCACGUUUUGGGAUGGCCAUCUCCGCCGUUCCUGACCUGGACCUCGACGGUUAUAAUGACGUUGUAGUUGGCGCUCCACUAGAAGACAAAGGAAGAGGUGUCAUCUACAUCUACAAUGGGGAGAAGAAGGCGUUAAAGAAACAGUUCUCGCAGAGAAUCCUUGGCUCCAAACUGGAUCCUCAACUGCAGUAUUUUGGAAGAUCCCUAGACAGCUAUCAAGAUCUGAAUGAUGAUACAGUCCCUGACAUCUCCAUUGGUGCAUAUGGAAAAGUGGUGCAGCUCUGGUCCAGAGGUGUGGCGUCUGUCUCGGCCAAAGCUUCUUUCAACCCCGAUAAAAUCAACAUUAUCAACAAACCCUGCGACAUUAAUGGACGCAAGCUGUCGUGUUUCAACACCAACCUCUGUUUCAGUGCUGCGUUCAGGCCCAAGAAGCCUGUUGGACCCAUUGAUAUAUCCUAUACUUUGAAUCUGGACGCUGACUUGCAGGCCUCACGAGUGACAUCAAGAGGGAUGUUUACUAAAACCAACGACCGCUUGCUCACAGGAAAGGCAAAAAUAUCAUCUACACCCUUUUGCCAAGAUUACCAGGUUUAUGUUCAGGAAGCACCAGAUUUUAUCAACUCCCUCAGUCUGAAAGUGGAAGUCGAGCAGCAGAAUGCAGAUGCUAACCCUGUGCUCGAUCAGUUUUCUCCAACUGCCUGGGAGUUCUUUAUCCCCUUCACGAAAGACUGCGGCUCUGAUAACGUGUGUGUCAGUGAUCUGGUGCUCAGUGUGAAGACAGACACGAAGGGGACCAGCUCAGAGCCCUACCUGGUCAGCGCAAACAACCGAGAGCUGUCAUUUGAAGUGGUUGUGAAGAACAAAAAGGAGAAUGCAUACAACACUCAGGUCUUGGCCACGUUCUCCGGCACCCUCUACUACUCCUCCGUCUUUCCUCCUACGGAUGGAGUCAAAUGCACCUCAACACAAACACAAACUGUCACCUGCCAAGUGGGAUACCCAGCAUUGAGAAAAGACGAAGAGAUGAAAUUCAGGAUGAAUUUUGAAUACAAUUUUGACCAGUUGGAUAACCGAGCUGAGGUGAAAUUUGAGGCCAAGAGUGACGGUAAAGAGGACAGACCUGCCGACAACAAGGUGGACAUAUCCAUUCCUAUCCGAUAUAAUGCAGGAGUUGGUAUAUUGAGGGAGUCCAAUAUUAAUUUCUACGUGGCAGAUGCUGAUGUUCCCGUGGUAACAACAGUGAAAAGUCUCGAUGAUAUUGGCCCAGAGUUUAACUUCACCGUAGAGGUUUCCACGAGUAACUUCCCAGUCAGCCUCCUGUAUCUGACAAUUGCUCUGCCAGUGGCCACUAAAGGUGGAAAUCCGCUCCUCUAUGUGACCGGUGUGGACACACAAACCGGAGGUGCUGUCAGCUGUGACUCCAGCGGCCUGGUUGAUCCUCUGAAGAUCGGAGUGAAGAGCCAUGAAGCGUCUUUCUCAGAGGAGAGUCUCAGAGGCACAGAAACACUGGACUGCAAGAGUGCAAAAUGCGCGUCUAUAAAAUGCAUCCUCAAGGACACUGAACUUUUAAACGACUACUAUGUGAAAGUUAAAACAAGAAUCUGGAGUGGCACAUUUCUGUCGGCCACCUAUCAGACCGUCGAGCUGACCUCCAGUGUUGAUGUUGAGACUUUCAACCCUGACCUCCUCAUUGUCUCCCCCAAACAGCUGCCAGUGGUGCUGACAGUCAGUAAACCUGGAGAGAAAGGUGAAGUUCCAGUGGGAGUGAUAGUUGGCAGCAUCAUCGGCGGACUGCUGCUGUUAGCUCUGGCUGUUGGACUUCUGUGGAAGUUUGGGUUUUUCAAAAGAAAGUACCAGCAGCUUCUGAGGGAGGGCGAUGAAGACACGCAGAGCCACGCACAUGUGGACGAGGUGUUGUGAGCUGGAGACAAAAACCCGCAGCGCUCUCUCUUCCCUGGAUUGUUUCCAGUUCUGGUACUUGUCACUGGUUCUUGUAAAGUGCAAAUGGACUUCAGCUCAAUCACUGGACGUUGGGCAUUUUAAUGAAAAGGAAGCUGUUCAGUUUGUGGAAAACUGGGACUCGAUCCUCUGUCCAUUUGACGGAGGCGUAUUCUUAAAAAUAUUUUUUUGAGAGCUUUGUGGACUGUAUCUUGACUAGUUGCUGUUGUGCACUGAUUUUGAUAAAAAUGUAAAAAAUAUUUUUUCUCUCAAAAUGUCAGAACCAUAUAAAAUCACAUUUUUUAGGCCUUUAUGACAUCGAUUAGAGUUUUACACUGUUAAGGCAUCUAAUUUCUGCAUUGCCUUUAGUUUUGAUAAAUUCUGGGCAAUGUGAUGGACAAAUAACAGUUUAAAUUGGAAAAAAUAAUUAUUUUGUUUUUAGCUCUUUUGUCAAAACAUUGACGUUUUUAGCUCACAUGCUGUAGCCAGUCAGACUGUAGCAUAAACCGAGAUCCACCGUCGCCUCUAGCACUCAGGGCUCCUGUUGCAUUACUAAUAUGGAUAACAGUUUGUAUGCAACAGGAAACGAUCGCUAUUCUGGAAAGAGUGAAAUCUGUCACUCCUCUGUUUCAUUGUGUUUGUACUGUAUAUACUGAAGAUAAAAUGAUCUUUGAUAUUGGGUUUUAUAUGUUGAAAAGAUUUGAGGUUAUAUGGGUCCGUGGGGUAGCUACUUGUGUUGUUGAUAUUGAUGAUAUUUUGUUUUCUGUUUCCAUUAGUAGCAUAGUUUGCAGGUGCUAUUAUUUUACAGCAUAUUGUGUUUUCAUAAUUUGCCGAUUAUUUUCUGGAUUAGUCAAUUAAUGGGUCUGCCUAUUAAAUUUCAGAAAAUAGUUCAAAACUACUUUCUGGUUCCAAGGUGAUGUUUUCAAAUUGGUUGUUGUGUGCAAUAUACAGUCCAAAUCCCACAUUACUGUCAUAUAAGACAAAGAAGAGUAGUUUGAACCAGCAAAUGUUUGGUAUCUUUUGCUGAAAAGAAUCCUUCCCAAAUGAUCAUUUGUAUAUCAAUUACUCAUUCUGUGUUAUGUUGAAUUCAGAAAGAAAACGUUUUUCUCCCAUGCCUCCACAGUGAAUGAAGAAUCCAUUAACUGAAAAUUCUUGAUGAAGUUAUUUAACAACAGCAAAACUUUUUAAAAAUAUCCGUUCACAAGCUCUCUCACAACUUGUGCAGUAUGAUCCAAGUCUCUUUUAUCCAUUUGUGCUCAAACAUGCGUUUUCGCUUAAUCCUUACAAUUUGGAAAACUUUUGCAUGAUCAUGCAGGUGCACGACUCGUGUGUGUGUGACCAUUCAUGCAGAAGUGUUUUAAAUUGUAAGAUUUUACUGAAAAUGUGUUUUCGAAGUCGUACGACUGGUAAAAUGAUGCUUGGAUUAUACUGCACAAGUUAUGUGAGAGUUUGUAAAUGGAUGUUUUGAUAAAGGUUUGCUGUUGUUAAACAUGGAUCACUAUGACUUUAAUUUAUCAAGCAUGCAGUUUUUGGAUUCUCUGCUCACCAUGGAGGCAUGUGAGAAAACAACGUUGGGUGAGUAACUGAUAUACAAAUUAUUAUUUGAGGGGUUAGGUAUUCAUUCAAACCAUUAAAUCAAUUAUUAAAAUGGUUGCAGAUGCAUUUCCUGUGAGUUAACUAGUUCAUUACUUGACUAAUUGUUUCAGCCAGAAAAUAGUUUAUCUGCAGGGCAACAUGUGCAAGUAUUAUUCACUACAGAGGAAAAAGUCAUAGACUCACUUACUUUCUAAAAACACCCAGUCUGUAUAUUUGUUUCUAAAUUACAGUUGGAAGUUUUUGAGAGCACAGAUCAAAGCUAAUCCUGCAGGAUCUAUAUGUGUACUAGCACAGUUUCGCCACAAGAUGGCAGCAUGAUAUAGAUGACCUGCACUGUUGUGUAUUUCCCCACUCUCCUCUCCUCUCCUCUCCUCUCCUCUCCUCUCCUCCUCUCUCACUAGAACACCUUUAAAAAAAACUUGACCCUGCAAGGAACCUUACUUGGACCACCUCCCUCCAAACAUCAGUAUAAUUGAACUUUUCCCUCAAACUCGAUUAAUUCCUUCUCACAUUUUUGACUGUCGUGUUCUCCCACAGUCCCACAGUCAGGUUAGUCUGUCCCUCGACUGUGCUGGAAUGCAUUUCUGAACGUUAUCCCUUUUGAACGAGCCAACUCCUGCAGAGUCUUUAGCAUUCAUUUCUCUGGAUCUGACUGGGUGGAAUAGGCUAUUUGACUCUAAUAAAUAGCAUAUUUUUGGGUGGAGCCUGGGCUCGAGCUCUCCCUGUUGGAGGGGAUAUAUAGAAUUUUGAUAGAUGAUAAGUGCUCUGUUUCACAAUUACUCAUGCGCCACAGUGUUGUGAAACAGCCUUUGGAUUGUGUCUAUAUGUGUACAGGGAGCUGUGUGGAAAUAGUUGUUGAAAUGUGAUACAGUGGAAGUGUUCGAACACCUUUGUAGAUUCGUUCCCUUUGGGGUUUCCUGCAGAUGAUUGGCAGUUACAGCCAAACAACUCAGCCAUGCCACAAUGGGAUGAUUGCUCGCAAAUGGCUGCAAUGUCGUAAAUCAAAAAUGAUGUCAUAGCAAAUUAUUUAAUAACUGUUGGCCUUCUUUUGCACUUUGUUAGACGUUUAGCGUUACGGUGAUCUUCAUUGUUUCAUCAUGACUACUUUUCAGACUUUUGAAAUGUGUGUUUUUUUAAAAUGAGGAUUCUCAUACACUUGACAGAUCCUUAAAUUUUCAUUUAUUUCAUUUGAUGAUAAAAACUUAUGUCAUACAAGGUCACAGUAGAUGGGAGUAGCUAAAGCCACACAGCAUUACAGCCAAAACUUUUGGCUUCUUUUAAUGCAAAAAAUUCUGUAUCAAACAAACAACAAAAUAAAAGUCAUCCCCCAUGGCAUCAGGGGUGUGUGCAACCGA